AAAAAUAAUUAAUAUUAUACUAAAAAUUUAAAAUAACAAUUAUUCUUUUAUACUACAAUUAUUAAAACUGAGGAAAUAAUACAGAUAGGUUGCUAGAAUUUGGCUCCUUACCUUCUCCCAAUGCAAAUUAAUUAGUACUAACUACUAACAAGCAGUACUACCUAAUCAUGGGCAGAUAGAUAUUAUGCCUACAUUAUUAUGGCAAACUACUAAUUAAGCCAUGUGCGGUUGUCUGCAUGGUUACUUAAUUCAAAUCUUCGCCCCAUAACUUCACUUCAUACGCCCUAUGAUAUGAUUAUUCUUCCAUAACCAACUAAACUGCGAGCCUGGUCAUUAACUGAACAAGACAUGGGAUGAGAUGGAGUGGCUUUUUAAAAUAGAAAGCACCGUAUUUUUUUUAUGAUAUAUGGGGAAGGAAAUGAUUUUAAUUUCAUGGAAUGAAGAAAACCAAUAGGGAAGAGAAGAGAACAAAGAAUCAUUUCGCAACUCUUAUUUGGGUGCUCAAAGGUGAAGUAUGGGACCAAAUAUAACUAGACUUGGAGAAUAGAGGGGAUAGAUAAACAAACUUUCACACAGUCUGAGGUUAAAAACGUGAUAAUAGAAUGGUAGUUCAAUUCCACAAAUACUGGUCUAAUUAUGCUUGUAGCUGUUCUUCAACAUUCUUGCAUGAUGGUCCCACUCCCACUACAACUGACUUUCAGCAAAAGCAUGCAGACUAACUAGUAGUAAGUACUCUUUUGCUUAGGUUGAAAUGAAGAGGCCAAUGCUAUAAAAGCUAACCGAAGUGUAAAUAGAAGAGCUAGCACAGUUUAUAGGGAGGACUUCUGCCAACUCAAUUAAUAGUACUUUACCAAACGCGCUUUUCCCAAGAAAAUAUUAGAUAGUUUCAAACCUCUAUGGUCUCUACGGUUUAUGAAAAAGAAUACUCAAUUACAUGUAAUGUGGAGAUUAAUUGGGGCCAUAGUAGUCAGGGAUACGUAAUAGUUUCUCCCUCUUAGAGGGAAAUCACGGUUGGGAAAACAUCAAUAAAUUUUCCACCACAUGCUUCUACUCCUACUAGGCUAAUACUAACACUCGUGUCUCCUCGGAGGAAAAAAAUGGAAAUAUCUUUUCCUUGGAUUCUGGUGGCCACAAUGGUCAUGGCAAUGCGGCCACUUUCAUUUCGCAUAAAAGCAAACCAACUUUCUUACGACUACUACAAAUUUUCAUGCCCAAACUUGGAAAGCAUAGUCAAGAGUGAGUUGCUAAGCUUAUUCUUGACAGAUGCUACUGCACCAGCUGCAUUUCUCAGGCUCAUGUUUCAUGACUGCCAAGUUCAAGGAUGUGAUGCCUCAAUUCUGUUGGACUCCAACUACCUAGCUCACAGUCACAGCUCUGAAAUGAUAUCUUCAAGGAACUUUGGCAUCAGAAAGCGCGAAACGAUCGGCCAAAUGAAGUCAAUAUUAGAAGAAGAAUGUCCGGGACAGGUGUCUUGUGCAGAUAUCAUUGUAUUAGCUGCUAAGGAAUCAGUGUCGCUCUCUGGAGGACCACAUAUUGAGAUCCCACUUGGAAGAAAAGACUCCAGAACUUGUAGUUUCCAUGAGGCCGAUGCUAAGCUUCCUUCACCAAUAAUAACGGUUGAUGAAUUUAUAUCCAUUUUCAUGUCUAUAGGAAUGAACAUCGAAGAGUCUGUUUCCAUUUUAGGCGCACAUACACUAGGGAUUGGACACUGCUUCAACAUUGUUGGUAGAUUGUAUGAUCCACGGCUAGGGGACAAGAUGGAUUUUGCGUUGGAAGCCUCUCUAAGACUAGCAUGCCCAACUGAGAUUCCUUUGACAAACCUCACAUUUGUGCCUAACGACAUGACCCCAGUUAUAUUUGACAACCAGUAUUACCGGGACAUUAUGAUGGGGAGAGGCUUGUUUGGUAUUGACUCCAGCAUUUCUAGAGAUCCGCGAACAGCACCCUUUGUCAUGCGGUUUGCUAUGGAUCAGAACUACUUCUUCAAGGCUUUCUCAUCGGCAUUUGUUAAACUUUCUUCUACCAAUGUUCUCACAGAUGUGCAGGGUGAUGUCCGAAGGCAAUGCAACCAGGUAAACUAAUGCUAAUGGAGUGAAUUAAUGCUCUGUGAUAUCUUCUCUAAGUAUAUAUAACCAAAAUUACCGGACAUGCACAGGGUUUAUUAAAUUCAUAUGCCCUCUAGUAGUGUAUAGCCUAAAGAUUUUAUCCAGCAACGAUUCUCCAUUAUCAUCUUAUUAGUUUUAAUUAAUAUUUGAUCAUUUCUUUA